AUGUUUCUAUCUUGUAAUAAACAUGGGCAUUUAUUGCAUUAUUGCUGCAUUGUUGCACUGGCUGUCUCUGGUCACUCCUGGCCUGAGCUCAGCCUCUGCCCGUCCCUUAAUCGGCUGUUUGUCAAGGCCCGUCCGCCUGCCAGGGCUCCAGGAGCCUGCGCUGCCCGCCGUGGCCGGCGCGUCCACGCGGUGGCGCGCCGCACAACCUGUCCGCUCUGGCCCGCCCGGCUCGCUGGUGCGGCUGUGCGGGCGGGGCCGGAAGUGUGGGGCCAGCGCGGGGCCGAGAACCGGAAGUGCGGGGCGGGCGCGGGGGCUGAGCGAAAGGCUGAGGACCGGGUCCGGGCCGGGUUCCUGGUCGGGGAGCGGCUCCGGGCGGCAGCCAUGAGGCGGGACGUGCGCAUCCUGUUACUGGGCGAGGCCCAGGUGGGGAAGACGUCGCUGAUCCUGUCCCUGGUGGGCGAGGAGUUCCCCGAGGAGGUCCCUCCCCGCGCGGAGGAGAUCACGAUCCCCGCGGACGUCACCCCGGAGAAGGUGCCCACCCACAUCGUGGACUACUCAGAAGCCGAGCAGACGGACGAGGAGCUGCGGGAGGAGAUCCACAAGGCAAACGUGGUGUGUGUGGUGUAUGACGUCUCCGAGGAGGCCACCAUUGAGAAGAUUCGAACUAAGUGGAUCCCACUGGUGAAUGGGGGGACCACGCGGGGGCCCAGGGUGCCCAUCAUCCUAGUGGGCAACAAGUCAGACCUGCGGUCGGGGAGCUCCAUGGAGGCCGUGCUCCCCAUCAUGAGCCAGUUUCCCGAGAUCGAGACCUGCGUGGAGUGUUCGGCCAAGAACCUGAGAAACAUCUCAGAGCUGUUCUACUACGCCCAGAAGGCUGUCCUGCACCCCACAGCCCCUCUCUAUGACCCUGAGGCCAAGCAGUUGAGGCCCGCGUGCGCCCAGGCACUGACGCGCAUCUUCAGGCUCUCAGAUCAGGACCUGGACCAGGCGCUCAGUGACGAAGAGCUCAACGCUUUCCAGAAAUCCUGCUUUGGGCACCCCCUGGCCCCACAGGCCCUGGAGGACGUGAAGACGGUGGUGUGCAGGAACGUGGCGGGCGGCGUGUGGGAGGACCGACUGACCCUGGAUGGUUUCCUCUUCCUGAACACGCUCUUCAUCCAGCGCGGGCGGCACGAGACCACGUGGACCAUCCUGCGGUGCUUCGGCUACAGCGAUGCACUGGAGCUGACAGCCGACUAUCUCUUCCCUCCGCUCCACGUGCCCCCCGGCUGCAGCACUGAGCUCAACCACCUUGGCUACCAGUUUGUGCAAAGAGUAUUUGAGAAGCACGACCAGGACCGAGACGGCGCCCUCUCGCCCGUGGAGCUGCAAAGCCUCUUCAGUGUGUUCCCAGCAGCCCCCUGGGGCCCCGAGCUCCCACGCACAGUCCGCACAGAGGCCGGCCGGUUGCCCCUGCACGGAUACCUCUGCCAGUGGACCCUGGUGACCUACCUGGACGUCCGGAGCUGCCUUGGGCACCUAGGCUACCUGGGCUACCCCACCCUUUGUGAGCAGGACUCCCAGGCCCAUGCCAUCACAGUCACCCGUGAGAAGAGGCUGGACCAGGAGAAGGGACAGACGCAGCGGAGCGUCCUCCUGUGCAAGGUGGUGGGGGCCCGUGGAGUGGGCAAGUCUGCCUUCCUGCAGGCCUUCCUCGGCCGCGGCCUGGAGCACCAGGACACGAGGGAGCAGCCUCCCGGCUAUGCCAUCGACACAGUGCAGGUCAACGGGCAGGAGAAGUACUUGAUCCUCUGUGAGGUGGGCACAGAUGGUCUGCUGGCCACAUCGCUGGACGCCGCCUGUGACGUUGCCUGCUUGAUGUUUGAUGGCAGUGACCCAAAGUCCUUUGCACAUUGUGCCAGCGUCUACAAGCACCAUUACAUGGACGGGCAGACCCCCUGCCUCUUCGUCUCCUCCAAGGCUGACCUGCCCGAAGGUGUCGCGGUGUCUGGCCCAUCGCCAGCCGAGUUUUGCCGCAAGCACCGGCUACCCGCUCCCAUGCCGUUCUCCUGUGCUGGCCCAGCCGAGCCCAGCACCACCGUCUUCACCCAGCUCGCCACCAUGGCCGCCUUCCCGUGGGUACCUGGCAGCACAACCCUGGGGACUAGCAGUGUCUGUCAUCCGAGCAGUGGGCAGCUGUGGCGUCAGGCCUGGAACUGGGACCAGAGUGGCGGGGUGGAGCUUUGUGUGGCAGAGGGAGCCAGUGCCCAGGCAUGUCCCUCCAGGGCCUGGCCUCCACCGGCUGUGCCUCUGGUCUGGGAUCCCCGCCUGUGGAGCCCUGUGAGUCCAGGACAUGGGAGGGUGCCCAGCAGCAAGCUGGGGGCAUGUGCCUGAGGCAUCUGCAGAUGAUUCUUCUCUCUUGCAGACAUUUGGUCCACGCAGAGCUGCAUCCCUCUUCCUUCUGGCUCCGGGGGCUGCUGGGGGUUGUCGGGGCCGCUGUGGCCGCAGUCCUCAGCUUCUCACUCUACAGGGUCCUGGUGAAGAGCCAGUGAGGCCCCUGGUACCCAAGCCCCUCCCCUGACCUGGGUGUGGCUCGCUGCUGAGGCUCUGCAGGGGCAGCACAGCUGGGGUGCCGGCCAGGCUGCCAUUCCGGGAACGCCUUUGCGCCAGGACUUUUUGUUUCUGAAGGCAGUCGAUCUGCAGCGGGGCCUCAUGCUGCCAUGCACUGCCCUGGCUCCUGCCGGACCCCCAGGGUGGGCUGUGGCAGGUGGCUGAGCAGGAGCUCCCAGGUGCCGGCCACCGCUGUCAGGGAUUGCCCACCGCUGGGCAUCGUGUGUUGGGCUGGGGAGCACAGGUGUGGGAGCUGGUGACCCCAGACCCAGAAUUCUCAGGGCUCUACCCCCUUUCCUGGUCCUGGGUGGCCAGUGGGUAUGAGGAGGGCUGGAAGGCAGAGCUUUGGGCCAAAAGCAGGCGUUGGGUGGGGUCCCCCCUCAAGUUUGGAGCUGUUUCCGUGGUUGCAGUAGAGGACCGGAGGUUGGGUUCCUGAUUAAACUUCACUGUGUCUUUUCUA